UUUUGUGGCUCUGGAACAAGAUCAAACAUGAGCUAAGACAGAAUAAUGGGUCUGUAGUGGAACUUGGGAGCCCUGAGUUUUCCUGAAAUGCAAAGAAGACCAAUCCCAUCCCGUCGAAGCAAUGCCCGAUUGGCCUGAUCCUAGCAAGCUUGAGUUUCUUUGGAGCCUUGAGAACGAGCAUGGAAGAAGCAGAUGAAUUGUAAAUUUUUGGAACCCCAGAUUUCACGAGCAAUGGCAUUUCUCUUCGGUUGCAAUUGCAAUCUUUUCUUCUCAUCUUCUUACUCCUUCCUUUAACCUGUGCGAUGAUACUCAGGGCAAUCGUUUCGUCGUCGUUGCCGCUCUUUUCUUUUCGGUCUUUUCAUUUUGAAUAAUACACUCCUUUCAACAUUCUGCAAUGGCUUGGAUUCGACGAUGGGUCAUCACCCUAAUUUUCACUUUUGUUUUCCUAUUCACUUUGCUUCACAUAAAUAAUCUUUCAUCGCCCGACUCGACGUCCUCUGUCUCCUCACCACCCGCAAGACGAAAACAGAAAGUUGUUCACAAUUGGUUCAGGCGGCAUGUCAUCAAAUACCCUGUGACGUCUAUGGUCCCUCUUCCAACCACGAAACCCGUACCAAUUCCAAAAAUCCAAUUUGAAUUUGGAAAUGAGGAUCCAAAUUCCAAGGCAAUUAGAGAAUCUCGCCGGGAUUUAGUAAAAAAGGCAUUCCUCCAUACAUGGAAAGGAUAUAAGGAAUAUGCCUGGUUGAAGGAUGAGCUUGCACCCGUUAACGGUGGGGCGAGGAAUCCAUACGGUGGGUGGGGUGCAACGUUAGUUGAUACGCUGGAUACGUUGUGGCUCAUGGGCUUGGAGAAGGAAUUCAAGGAGGCUGUUGCGGCAGUUAAGCACAUUGACUUCUCGUCUAGUAACAUGUUAAUGCUAAAUGUGUUUGAAACGAAUAUUCGGUAUUUGGGUGGAUUUCUAGCAGCCUACGAUCUUUCAGAGGGAGCUUAUCCGGUCCUUUUGCAAAAAGCGGUAGAAGUAGGAGAUCUUCUAUACAUUGCAUUCGAUACUCCGAAUCGAAUGCCCGUUCUCCGUUGGUACUGGCCUGGGGCAAGGGAUGGUGAUAACCAGGAGUCAAGCACGCUAAAUAAUCUUGCUGAACUCGGGUCAUUAUCCCUCGAAUUCACAAGGCUAUCGCAGAUUACCGGGGACCACAAGUACUAUGAUGCCAUCCAUCGGAUCACAAAUAUACUUCAGGAGCACCAGUUUAACACAAAGAUUCCUGGAUUAUGGCCGCUAUCUGUCGAUACUCAAACUCCCUCAUUUACUAGGGAUCGUCGAUUCACUUUUGGUAGCAUGGCAGAUUCUCUGUAUGAGUAUCUACCGAAAGAAUAUAUCUUACUCGGUGGCCGGAACCAGCAGUACAAAGACAUGUACGAAAAAGCCAUCGAAGUGGCCAAGAAACACAUUUUUUUCCGGCCCAUGACCAAAGACAGUGAUGACAUCCUGAUUUCCGGAACUGCAUAUAUUGGAGGAACAACAAUGGUCACACUCAGACCCGAAGGACAACACCUUACGUGCUUUGUAGGGGGUAUGGUUGCCCUUGGUGCUAAGGUCUUCAAUCGCCCUGAGGAACUCGAGAUCGCCAGAAAACUCGCAGAAGGUUGUAUCUGGGCAUACAAAGCCACUCCCAGUGGGGUAAUGCCAGAGACGUUCGAGGUAGUCCCCUGUGAGGACCAGGCGGAUUGCAAGUGGCGACCGGAGUCGUGGUUUAUUGGUGAAAUUCAUGACGGGGCUUCAGACAGCGACUACGAGCGCAUGGGCCGGGAACAGGGGAAGGUUGCCGGAUUUUCCACAAUUAUCCAAAGGGGAUAUUCUUUAAGGCCCGAGGCUAUCGAAUCCGUCUUCAUCCUCUACCGCAUCACUGGCGACAGGAGCCUCCAAGACAAAGGUUGGGAAAUGUUCUCUGCCAUCGAGAAGCAUGCGAAGACGGAGUUCGCUUACGGCGGCCUGGAUGAUGUCACGUCGCCAAAACCGAGGGUGGAGAAUGAGAUGGAGUCGUUCUGGACUGGGGAGACGUUGAAAUAUUUUUAUCUUCUGUUUAGCGAGCCGGAUCUCGCGAGUUUGGACAAGUAUGUUUUUAAUACGGAGGCGCAUCCGUUUUUGAUGGAUUGGUAAAUAGAUGAGGCUUGUUGGUUGGUUUGGUUUGUUUGGAGAAUAUGGGUGUUAAAUUAUAGAAAGUCGCAUGCAUAGAGUGGUCUAAAGGAUAGAUGGUAUGUAUACUGCAACAAGGGGUGGGUGCUUUUUGCAUUUUGAGGCUGGAAUCGUUAUUUUCCUUAGGUUUGUAUUAUUAUUGUGGGACUAGAUCAGGCGUUUCGAGAAUAUAUUGACUUCUAUACAGGUAGCUAUCCCAAGUGUCAUCUUGUAGUUUUUUCUUUUCUUUUUCUUUAUUUCCUUCCUGG